AUGGCACUCGUCUUCUCCACUAGGAAUGCAACCCCCCAGACAUACCACACCUUCAUAGACGCUCUGCGACUAAGACUCACAGCCGGACAGCCCAAGUCACAUGGUAUACCGGUGCUGCCACGAAAAGAAGAUGUGCAGAAUGUGCAGCGCUUUCUGCUUGUUGAUCUAACAAACUCUGAAAACAAUACCAUCACGGUGGCAAUAGAUGUGGUGAACGCUUACGUGGUGGGUUAUGCUGCAGGUGGUCGAUCCUACUUUUUUGCAGAAAAUGCUCCUAACGAUCGGCCUCCAAUCCAAGUCUUAUUCCCCGGCACCACUUGGGUUCCUACUCUGCUCUUCAACGGCACCUACAACGGGCUUUCGCGCGGUGCAGAAGAAGCAGUACGACGUCGGCGUGCUGGUAACCGUGACCCAAAUAUAGAUGAGAAGACACCUGUUCUUGAGCAAAUCUUUUUGGGCCGCAAUCAACUAGAUGAGGCCAUCGGGCUGUUGCGGGGGGCCGUAUCCCAACCGGAACAAGCCUUAGGGUUUGUUGUGAUCAUUCAAAUGCUUUCGGAAGCGGCAAGGUUCCGACAAAUUGAGGGAUUGGUCCGCACUACCAUGAAGGAAGAGUACGAUCCCCUUAAGCGAGGCCUUUCACUGGCGAGCCUUGAAACCAAAUGGUCUGAUCUCUCCGAAGAGAUCCAGACGGUACCGGCCAAUCAAACACGCUUCCAUAGGGCUAUUACGGUCCACAACAUCUCAAAUGCACGCGUCGAAAUAAACAGUGUUGAAUCACCCUUUGUUCAGGGUGUCGCGAUGCUGCUCUAUAGAAACCGAAAAUGA